CCUGUCGCUUCAAACACUGGAUUUACAGCAAUAUGGGCACGGCAUCACUAGCCGGAUGGCCUAAUGUUUCGCUCGCUGCUGCUUCAAAUGUGAUAGGCGUGAAAUGUUUGCCAGAUCCUCAUCAUGAUCCCGAUGACAAGUCAGGUACGGGUCAUAUAGAGUAUAUUACCAUAAAAGGGAAAACUCAGAGACUUGGGUCAUAGAUACGAGCAGGGCUGAGUGGACGAGGCAAAGAAUUUAGUCUCACUAGCAGUACUACCCUGGUCUGGGCGGCUGAUGGGCAAUCAUCAUUUGGCCCCUGGCUCGGCACUGCGUAAGCUGGCUGUACUAUGUAAAUAUCUCCGGUGCUCUGCGCAUUUGGAUCUGUAGGACAGCACUGCAGGCCCCCUUCAUAGCUGUGUGGCACAUCAACCACCCAACAAGCUCACCAUGGUCUCUCAAUCGACACUCUCUCGUGGACUGAGUGUGUUGCUCACGGCUCAAGCUGCAUUGGCCCAAACCUCGACAAGAGUAGGCUUGAACGCUACGAGAACGACCACAGCGCCCCAGAGCUCCAUCACAGAGUCGGGAAAACUAUGUUGCGAAGUUGGGGUUCUGACCGUCGGCCUGAAUUUCUGGUGGACUGAGACGAUAACUGCAACGGCGGCCACUGUCCUCACCCAGUAUUUGCAGUACAACAAUACUGUGAUCACCAAUACGACAACUAUCUACAACGCAGGAGCAGUGGAGAACGCUACCGCACCUGGGGGUAUCAUCCCCACCCAAGGUUUCCUAGCGUAUUCGGCCAGCUUUAUAGGCACGCAAACCGCUGUGGGCUUCCCAUUCACCACUAUUGCUUCGCCAACUCCCUUCGUAGAAGCCAAGAUUCUUGCUCAUUUGAAUGGCACGCUCACCACCAUCAGUGGCACACCUCGAUGCGAGGAAACUUCCAGGGGAGACGCGGUAUUUUAUCAACUCGAGACUGGAUAUCCUUUCGUCGAGGAUCCCACUACUGUUCAUCUUUCGCCGGCUUAUGCAACUCCGAGCGACAACGGACUGAUUGAUUACUGGAUCUCACAGACUCCUUCGAUCACUAAUGUUCUGCCUGAUCUUCCAUCUUGUACUGUACUGGGGGGCUCGGGUCAACCUUCGGUUCACAUUCCAGUGACUGCGCUCACCCAGCAUGCAUCAACUACGAUAAAAAUGAACGGCCCACCUCCAUCUCAAACUAAGCCGCCUUCAAACGACCCUCCGCCAUCUAAUAACCCUCCGCCUUCCAACAAUCCGCCACCAUCGAACAACCCUCCGCCAUCAAACAACCCUCCGCCAUCCAAUAACCCUCCGCCAUCUAACAAUCCGCCACCUUCUAACAACAACCCACCAUCUAACAAUCCGCCACCUUCUAACAACAACCCACCUUCGAAUGGUUCUCCUCCAUCCAACAACAACCCACCUUCGAAUGGCUCUCCUCCAUCCAAUAACAACCCGCCUUCGAAUGACUCUCCCCCAUCCAACAACUCGCCCCCUUCGAACGGUUCUCCCCCAGAGAAUUCAUCCCCCAACACACCCAAUCGUCCACCUACGCCACAAAACCCCCAGGACGAUCAGGCACCAGCCGCACCGGCCCCUAUAGUCAUAACGAUGCCCGUAAGCCGCCCAACCGCGCAAGCGCCAGCACCUGCCCCUGCCCCGGUCCCAAUCACACUCGAAAACAACCAAGUCAUCACUGUGCAACCCCCAACUCCAUCUCAAAGCGGUGCUCCAGUGGUAGUCUUACCCGGCGGCAAUACCCUCCAACCAGGCGAAACAACUACAAUAGGCUCCCAGACAAUUAUCCUACCACCCAGCGAAAGCAUUAACAACGGAGGCGGUGUCGUUAGCGGUAAUCCCAAUACCCCUGCCAACUCAGCAGCAGCUCCACCCGCAAUCCAGAUCAUCGACGGAAGCAGCACGCGCGUGGUUCCCCUGCCAACGUCGCAGCCUCAGGGCACCAUAGCCGCCCAAGGUGCUAUCACGGCGGGCAGCUCAACAUUCACACUCACACCUGUUGCACCUAGCACUGUCACUGGCAGUUCCGGAGAUCGAGUGAAUCCCGGAGGCGUUGUCCUCCCCAACGGAAGCACUCUAGCGCCUGGCUCAACGACAGUCGUGGGCGAUAUGACUUACGCGGUUGCUUCGGCGAGCGCCAGUAGUGCGGGUGCGGUGGUUAGUGUCUGGAAUGGCGUGACGACGCAGGUUACUACGUUGCCUGCUCCUACUGCUGGAUCGACGGCCUCGGGGACCAUAAGCGGUGGUACUGCGGCCAGCACUAGUGGAAUUGCAAACUUCACUGGUGGCGCUGUGUCUCAGCGCUUGUCUGGUGGGUUGAUGGGGGUUGCUUGUGCUGCUGUUGGUGUUGUCUUUGGUGGUGUGCUCAUUGCUUGAUAUCCAUUCAUUUCGAUUAUUGGAUGUUGAGAUGUGAUAGUUUAAUGUAUUAAUGAAUUGUAAAUAAUGUCAAAGACGUGGAGACUAGAGCUUCGGCUCUUGGUUCCUGUGUCGUAUAAAUCAAUUGAUCUUUAUUCAACUGACUUCACCGUUCGCUAUAUUGUCAUCUCGCAGAUGCAUCAGCCUUUCAAAUUGCCUGGUGAUAAUAGAGCACUUCGGACACUGUGUUUUGGAUUAAUGGUGACGAACAUGCGUACAAUUGAAGUAUCGUUAUACGAGUAGGUUUGUCACGUGACACCUUCACCUCUCGAUCUUACUCGAUCAACUUUCACGGAUGUACAAUUGUGCAUGUUCGUAUAUUGCCAAUCAUCUCUUGGAAGAUGCCGAUAGGAGACUUAUCUAAAGAUAACUCCAAAUUCAAGCUUCAAGUGUGGAUUGAAUGCGAUCCAAUAUCUAU